UACUUCCUGUUUCUGUGUGAGAAAAGGGCCCAUACGAGUCUUGUGAGGAAAGGUGCCAUGCCUUGGACUAUAGGACCAACAAUCUGGCAGCUGUUUUAGUUACACUGGACAGUGCAAAGGAGUUCCUGAACACCUUCCUUGGAUAGAGAUUUGUGUUCCUCUGUUCCUUAUGUCCUAGUGGCAGAGAAAGUGAGAAGGAAGAGGAGGGAGGAUCCAUGUCUCUCUGUUCAGACUUGUUUGGGAAUUUGAGCAGGGAGGAGGGGAAGGAACCCUGAGAGAGAGGAACGCAGAGGAAAAACUUCUGUCAGUGGAGUAAACAUUUGGAGGUUAUGUUUUAGAAGAAGAAAACGAACUAAGAAAGACGUAGGUCAAUCAAGAUUAUAAGUAAAACAUUUAUCUCACUCGCGACACUGAUCCACUCAGUGAGCACGCGCAGGUAUGUGGAACAUUUGUGUGUUGUGCAAUUUCUGUUAGUUCUUCGGCGAGAGAGGGAGAGUGGGAGAAGGAGAAAGCUGUCUUCUCCAAAGACACUGCUCAGGUUGUCUAAAUUAUGUUGCCAUGGGAACCAAACGCACAAAUCGGACCAUUGAGGAUUCUUUACAACUGCCACGCAGCCCAGCUACUCCUGACAGGGGCAAUCAAUCAAAUGAGUGGAUAAGUCGCGAGGCCAGACCUCAAGCUGGUCCAAAAAUCCAAGUUGAACGAGAGAGGGGAGGGGAUGAGUGGAGAGCUAGAGAGAUGGACAGAAUGAGGGACAGGCAAAGAGAGGGAAGGAGGGAUGUGGAGCAAGACCAGAGAGAAAAUGAAAGAUAUGCUCAAUUCAAAGGUAGAGCAGAUGAGAUGGACCCGAGAGACAGAGACCGAAGGAGAGAGGAUGGCAGAUAUACAAAUGGAAAAGCUAGUUCUAUACAACCGCAUGUAAAGUACAGAGAAAGAGAUAAGGGAGACACAUUCCCUAGGACUGUGAGACCAAGUAAUGAAAGAGAAAGAAGGCCAAGACAUUCUGUUGAUCAGAGUAGCGAGAAAUUAAUGGACAGAGGUAUUGAGAGGCCGAGGGAAAUAGACAUGAUUGAAAUUGAAAGACAAAGAGAACGAGCCAAAAAGAGAGAAAGGGAUAUCCAGAGGUACAGAGAAAUGGAAUGGCAGAGAGAGAAUGAGAGAAGAAGAAUAAGAGAAGAGACGAAAAGAAACACGGGAAGAAGAUUGGAGGAGAAGGAUUUUGACAGAAUAAGGAGGGAUCCUGGUGAGAGGGAGAGAAGAGGAGAGAGAUACACAGAGGUCAGUGAGGGUGACCAACAGAUCUUAAGAAGGCAAGAAAGGGACAGGUACCGAGACAGACCUAGAGACAGAGAAGACCGGUAUUAUUCUCCACAAACAAGGAGAAUUAUAGCAGGAGAUAGGGAGAUCUUGUCAGAUAGAGAGGAAAGAGAUGAAAGGAGGAGGGCAGUGCUGAAAGAGAGACACCGAUAUGCAAAGAGUGAGGGAGAUACAGAUGGGGAAAAAGAGAGAGAGGUAACAAGGGAAGGGGAUGCUGUUUUGCUUGAUGGUACGAGUGAGAAUGAGAAAGAAAGAAUCAGGGACAGACUGAGAGAAAGAGAGCGGCGCAGAGAGGUUGAAAGGCAGAAGGAAAGAGACAGAAGAAAGGAGAAAGAAACAACUCUGCAAUCUCCCGGGAGAGAAGGGAAUAAAGAAUGGACGAUGGACAGAUACAGAGAGAGAGACAUGAGAGAGAGAGAUUGGGCCAGAGAGGAGCGAGGGCCUGAUAGACAGAGGGAUCGAUUAAGAGGCACUGAAGAUAGAAAAAGAGAGAAAGAGUUAAAUGAAAGAAUGAGGAGAGAGCAUGAGAGAGAGAGAGCACGCAUACCUCCUCCAGAGAGCAAGGUAGACAUGUAUAUGGAAUGGGCAGACAGACAGAGACAAAACUGUUAUGCGGAAGAAACUACAGGAAGAAGUAGCCAAACACAGAGGGGGACAGACAGGAAGAUUCAAGAGGAAGCCCAAAGCAACAGAGAGUGGAUGCCAGGAAGUGAUGUAGAGGGUGACAAGCAAAGGAGAAGAACUAAUAGCUUUGAAGAGAAAGGGAGAAAGAGCACUUCUGAGAGUGACGGGGAGAGAAACAGAAGUGAGGAAGGAGGAAGUGAGGAUACAGCAUAUGGGCUAAGGAAAGAAGAGGUAAGAGAAGGCUCUGAAAAAGAGGAAACUGAGAUGGAGAGAGAAAAAGACCAAGAAAAAUCUGAGAGCAAAAAGAGACCACACAGGAAAAUGUGGCUGGAGCCUCGAACAGGAAGAGAGAGGACAGAGUCAUUACAGGAGGACUUUAAAGAAAGACAGCAAGCCAGGGAGAGAUAUGCACAGAGAUUCCAAUCGCACAAGACAUCAAGAGGUGAAGAUGAAAUGCCUACAGAAAGAAAGAAUGGAGGAGAAACUAUAUUGCUGGAAGACAGCCCCCGGAAACUAGACAGUACUGCAGAGUUUAUGAAUGAUAUUGAUACUGAGAAUUUGGAAGAAGGGAUAGUAAGUGAUGAGAUGGUCUUUGAAAGUGAGGCUUUGUCAGAUGUGCCCUGGCAGACAGAGACAGAAAAUGUAGCUGAUGACAUGGAGGGGAGUGACAGAGAGGAAGAACAAGGGAGCGAUAGAUAUGGUAACUCUGAGGGCGAAGAGGAAAGUGAGGGAGCAUGGGAAGAUUGGAGGGACAGAGUGAUUUCAGGAGAUGAUGGUUUUGUGACUGUGUCCAGUGGUGCAGAAGAGGACGAGACAGAGGAGGACAGGUUUGAGGAUUGUACAGAAUUCUGGGAAGGUGAAGAUAGAGAGGGUCUAGUUAGGCAGUCACCCACAAGCACCCAUCAAAUAGAGGGAGAGGUUGAAACCAGAAUGACCAAAGAGAGAAGUGACCACGCAGUCACUGUCUUUUGUGUGGUUGGUCAAACUCUUCCCAGGUCAAGAUCCGACCAAAACCCACUCUUGGAUCAUAUGGAGCAGGACAAGACAAGUCAGGACUCAUCUUGUGAAGUGGGUGUUGUUGGUGGUGAUCAGCAUGAAGCACCAAACAGAGACACAGAGGCAGAAACGAGCACAGACCCUGGCCUCAAUUUGUCUGAGGACGACACGUCAAGCAGCCAUGACACUAAAUGUGAUAUUGCAGAAUCUGACCAAAUGACCAAGGAAGUUACCGCAUCAGAGGACUUAGUAAUUAGUGCUGAUAUAAACGAAGAAAAAGACAAUGAACAAUACCCAACAGAAUCUAUUGAGACACUGACCCAGACUGAAGAUCAUGGGAAUGCUCAAAUGAAAACGACGGAUGGAGAAAACCAAGUGGAAGGACAAAAUGAAAUGGAAAGUAGUUGCCAUUUAGAAGAGGCAGAGAGAACAGAGGACAGAAAGCGCUUCUCUGCUGCUCCACAUGUCAAAUGGGCUAAGAAUGUUCUCAGCGAGAUCUUGGGUUCUACUGAGGAAUCUGGGACCCUUACGGUACCUGAGGAAAGCACACUAACUGAGCAGGCAGGUGAUGGAGCUCCAGCCGAGGCUGAAAGUCAGGGAGACUCACCGCUCUAUGGCAUUGUCCAGAAACCUCGAAAGCACAGCCACACCAGAAAAUGCAUAGACCCUGAGAUGCAUUUCGAACCAGAGGAUGCAAAGAUAGACAUAGUGGUAGGAAAUGAAAUACAGGUAGAGGGUCAAUCAGAUGGGGAAGAAGAACUGGAGCAACUCUCCACUAGUCCAGACCUGCUGAGUUUUUCUUCCGAUAAUGAGACAGAUAAGGAGGGAAGCAGUAAGAAGGAGAAGAAACAGAAAAAAGCAGUAUGGAAAAUCCUAGGCACUAACAGCUUCCGAGAAUUGGGGAACGAAGUAUGGGGAAGGAAGGCUGGGAUCCGAAGGACAUUACAAAAACAUAACGAAGAGGAGGAGGAGGAGGGAGAAGGAGUUGGAAGAGACCGAAGAACCAGAGUCUUCACAACAGAUAAUGCAUAUGAUGAUAUGAGUAUCUCGUGGAAUGAAUUAGAUCUGAGGACUAUGAAAGGAACACUUAGUAGGACAAAAAUGAGGACCUCAAAAUUUUACAAUUCCCAGUUGUAUCAGCAGUACAGCGAGGUGGUACAGAACAGGGAGCUCAUUCAUCAUCAGUCUCAUUCUGAUACAAGCUCAGUGUCUGGGGACCAUGAUGUCCAUGCUCGCCCAGCAUCCACAUCUCCAUCUCAUUCUCCUACUCUGGCUCGCCGGCCCCUUCCACCUCUUCCUCCUGUGUUCCACUCCCAUUCCUUAUCCCACGCAAACUCUGUAUCCAGUGGAAAUGGUUUGCUGUCAGUACCUCAUAACACUAACCAGAGGCCCACAUCACCUCGGCUGUCCAAAUCAUUUGCUUCCUCACCCAUGCUGUGGCAGGACCUGCCCGGAGUGAGGAACAACCCUAAACUCAAACUCCUCAGUGAGGAUGAGAAACGCCUACAGGAGGUGAGAUUUGAAGUUGUGACGUCUGAGUCAUCAUACUGUAGCAGUUUGGACAUCGUGGUGGAGCACUUUGUCAAGUGCAAACAACUCAACAUACUUUUGACCUCUCAAGACAAAAACUGGCUUUUUUCCAAACUCAGUGAUGUCAGAGCUAUCAGUCACAGCUUCUUCUCUCAGCUGGAGGAAAGAGUGGAAAGUGAUAUAAUGUACUUUAACGUGUGUGACAUCAUCAUCAAACACUGUCCACGAUUCCGAGCAGUCUAUGUACCCUACCUCACCAACCAGUCCUACCAAGACAAGACAUAUCAAAGAUUAAUGAAUGAGAAUUCUGGAUUUCGCCAAAUCGUGGAAAAAUUGGAACAAAGCCCCAAGUGCCAGAGACUUCCUUUACGCUCCUUUCUCAUCCUUCCAUUCCAGAGAAUCACUCGGCUUAAACUGCUAGUACAGAAUAUUUUAAAGAGAACAAUUCCUAAGACAAAAGAUGAGGCACAAGCAAUUAAAGCCAUGAAAUUACUGGAGAAGAUGAUUCAGGACAGUAACGACAGUAUAUCUCAGAUGAAGAACAUCGAAUCCCUGGUGUCCCUCAAUGCAAAGGUGGACUUUGAGUGCAAGACUCUGCCACUGAUUAGUCAGGCACGAAGGCUGGUGAAGGAGGGUCAAGUAUCAGAGCUGAGGGACUUCAUAUUAAAGGAGAAAGAGAGAAGUAUCCAUAUACACCUCUUCAAUGACUACUUGCUCCUCUCUUUACCCAAAGAAGGUGGUCGGUUUACGGUGAUUGAUCACGCUCCUGUGUCAGAGCUGAGAGCUGAAAACUGCAGAGUCAAGCUUCAUUCACUACACAAGAAUCUCUUCCUCCUGCACAUAGCACAGAGAUCCCUCCUUCUACGAACAGAAACAACGGCUGAUAAACUGCGUUGGAUCUCGGCGCUCUCUCGCCCUCAUCCUGAAAUUGACUUCACUGCCGCACAGGACAUUCCACAGAUGCAGUGUAUCAGAGCUUUUGUGGCCCAGCAACCUGAUGAACUCAGCCUGGAGAAAGCUGAUGUCCUGCUGGUUCAUCAGCAGAGCAAUGAUGGCUGGGUUGAGGGAACACGUCUAUCAGACAGACUUCGCGGAUGGGUUCCUGAGUCUCAUUUGGAAACAAUUGUGAGUGAAAAAGCUCGUCAGCGCAACCUGAUAGACACGCUGAAGAUUACUACUGCAACAGCCACAGCGUGAAAGCAUUUGCAAGCAUCUCAUUUGGAGCCACUGUAUCUAUGCUCAAUAAUCCGAAGCAGCCAAAUGAGCAACUAACUCUUCAAUAGCCAUGAAAACAACUCCCAGGACACUAUAUCAGGGAUUUUCAAGUUUUACACUACAUUAUGGUAUUACUGGAAACUUCAAUGUGAACUAUUACUUUCAAGAACUUGGGACUCUACAAUAAUUAGUUGCCAGAACAAGAUUGUAUAGAUUUUUUAUAGGCAACAUUUCUAUACCCCUGGCGCUUGAGUGCUAGGGAUAAAAUCUGUCCAUGGUGUCUGAUACACAGAGAUCUUGGGACACAGUGUACAUGAUUCGCUUGUACAGAAAAUGGAGUAUGUUUAUAAACCAGUGUUGUAUUUAGAGUGAUGCACAUUCUUGAGGAACAAGUAUGUCAACAUCCUCUUUACACUGACCAGCACAGCAUUACUAUGCCAUAAAACUUCACUUACUGCUGUACCUCA